AUAUCAUAUUAAUUACUUGCCUACUAAAUAUAUCGACCAAAUAAAAAAUCAAAGACAUGAUUAACUCUCGAUGUUCCUUCUGGUCCAGACAUCUUGGCGACCUUGUGAAAAUUAAAUAUCAGCAUCCUGAAUAACCUUUAAAUUACCGGUUUAGCGAACGAGAUUAUCCAUAGCUUUCUUGAUUGUUUUCUAUAAAUACGAUACCUAGUUUGUUCUAUCAUCAGUCGGUCCCCAUCUGAAAACCAAGAUGUUCAAGUUUGUAGUGUUGUGUGCUUUCCUCGCUGCGGCGUCAGCUACCCCCGGAGCGGUGCUCACAUCGCUGCCAUACGCCGCGCCAGCAGUGGUUCCCGCGCCGGCGCUCUACUCCAGCUACCCUAGCAGCUACUACAGCUACUCACCAUCCGUCGUGUCUGCUGCUGCUUUGCCUUACUCCGCACCUUUCGGAUACCCUCAUCUCAUCAAGAAACGCUCUCUUGCUCCUCUAGCUGUAAGCAGCUACAUCGCACCUUCCGCAUACUUGGGAUCUGCUCCUCUGGUCAACUCCUGGACUGGUGCCUACUCGCCUUACGCUGGAACCUACGCCAGUCCCCUGGCCACCACUUACUCGUCACCCCUGUACACCACCGCACAUCUGAUCAAGAAGAGGUCCGCACCGCUCAUCGUGCCUUCAACUUACCUGGCAUCUACCCCCUACGCUACUGCUCCCUAUGCCGCUGCUCCCCUCGUGGCUUCAACCUACGGCGCCGUUGGCCCCUACGUGUCGACUCCCUACUACUCUGCCGGUCCUCUUGCCUACACGAACUUCAUCAAGAAGCGGUCUGCUCCUCUGGACGUCCCCUCGGAGGAAUAAUUCAUCUGAUAUAUCAGACAAUAUCGAAACUUCAACAAUGAAACCGCAGCGUAGCUUUAAUGCGAUUCUGAAAGAUUUUACAACAACUUAACUGUGCAUUGUUGAAAUAAAAUUUGUAAAUUUUGUAA